CUGACUGCCUCACCAAUCUUUCGAUAUUUUCUGGAGUUCUGAUGGUGCACCUAAUGGAGAGUACUCAAGUUCUGAGAAAGUACAUAGAUUUUGUACGUUAUGAUAAACCAUACAUAUCACUGUCAUUUAUGGUAACAAUAACCAUUGGCACAGUAGCCAUAUUAAGUAACUGUAUGGUCAUCAUAACAGAACAAAACAACAAGGAAAAAUGUCUGAUGGGAAUAAAAGAUCUUAUCAUGGUGACAGCUGCAUUCUCCAGUGUAGCUAACAUCAGUAUGAAUCCUCAAAGGAUGCUGCACAUGGUGAAUUUGAUAGAAAAGGAAUGUCUUAUCAGUAACAGGAAGCUAGCUGGUAGAGAAAGAAAUUGGAAAACGGUGGAAAAGUGCUACUCAAAAAAGAAAAUCGAAAUGGAAACAAUGUACAAGAAUAUUUCCUACGUUCUUAUCGUGGUUUACAUUGGUGCAGUUAAUAGAAACUUGGUGAGUUCAUUAAUGACAAAAACAUCAGAUAACAAGGAAUCUAAAGACUGGCCUACACCAUUCGUCUACUGGUGUCCCUCUGGGUAUGACUCUCUCCUAUUCUUCAUUCUAGUUUAUAUCUUUCAAGGUGUGCAGCUAUCAAUAAUGUGCUUUCAAGGCUAUUUCACCGAAGUUCUAGUAUGUCUGGCUACGGAGAAAGUGUUGGCGGAUUUUGAAACUAUCAUCUUGCUGUUGGAAGGCAUAGCGAACGACUACCCACAUCUCGACUACUUGCAACCUCAAUUUCAAAAUGGAGCACUAGAUGAUGAUCUCAAAAAAUACAUGAAAUUGAUAGUGCAGUGCCAUCAAACACUUAACAGAAAAUUCAAAGAUUGCACAGAAAUUUCUGCUUACGGCACCCUAGUGAAUACAUUCAUCAUAAGCUUUGACACUGUUUUCAAUAUUUAUCUUAUGCUCAAGGUACAGUAA